AUGGAUCUUGAAGAAGAGUUUAAGGAUGUCAAUGUUGAAGAUCCAACUUCAAUGGAUAAAGUUUUAAUAUUAUUAGAAAAUAUUCAGGCUGAAGAUGAUGAAUUUAUGGAGAUACUUUUAAGUAAACAAAAUGAAAUGAUUGUAACUUGGGAACAACCGUGGUAUCAGAAAUCAAGAUGUUUAACGAGACCAUUGAAAAUAACUGAUGAUUCCCUACCACAAUUCAGAACUGAUUCAAUAUGCAAAGAUGAAAGUGAUGAAAUACAUCGAAACUGGCGUAAAUUUCGUAAGAUGUUCAAUGUUCCCAAUAAACCGGUAUGCAUAGCUAGAUGGAGAAAUAAAACAAAAUCUAAACGACCGAAUGCCCCAUCGGAAUAUGUGAGACGGUUUGUGAUAGCAUUCUUGGCUCAAGGUCUCGAAAGGAAUCUGUAUCAGGUGUACAAACAUGUGGUUGUGAGGUACGGAAGUAAAGUUAAGGGAAACUACUCUAAAUAUGAAGAGAAGGUUAUGAACAUCUGCCUUCUCCACAACCCUAAAAAUAGCGUGCCUUACCUAUCUACCAUGCUCGGUAGAGAACCCAGAGGGAUAUAUAAGAGAAUGCUGCAACUAUAUCAGGGUAAACCACCAAAGAAAAAAUUAAAAUGGACACUAUCAUUAGCAUCAAAAUUUAUUAAUUUAUUACUCGAAUAUACUGGAGAACCAUUGGAGAAUUUGAAAUACCGAAGCAUAGAAAAAUCAGUAUGGCUUAAACUUGAAAAGGAUAUGGGACAACUAUAUACAUAUUUACAGUAUUUUUGGAUGGUGACAUUACAUUCUCAACUCUUUGUUAAAUAUGAUAUCGAAGUACAGGCUCUGAGAAGACAUUUAUUUAAAAAAAUAAAACAAUACCCAUAUAAAGUGUGGACAGAUAUACGAUGGAAAGAAUUGUUAAAACAUGUACCCGACGGAUUCACUCAUCAUUUCUUACACAAUGUAUGUCGUAAAUUAGCUCGUUCCUAUAAAGGAUAUUUAAAUGUACCGCUAGAAGAAUUAAUACAGUAUGGAUUAAAUAAACCAUGUGUCAAAAGAAGAUUAAAAACACUUGCAUUAAAUGAACACAAUGCACUGGAAGUUAUUAGGUAUAAUCAAAAACCAGAAUAUGAUUGA